AAUCCAAUGGCGACGCGCGUGGGAUUUGUUAUUGCUGGAGUCCGCUUGAUAAGACGUUAGUUUUGAACUGUCUUGAGGCAUUAAACGCGCUCAUUUGUACAUAGAAAAAUUAUUUUCGCACAGCAUCGGUGUCGCGGAUGGAUUGACCUUUAAAUACACUCAACAACUGCAGGUUUGUUGCGGUGUUCCCCACAGCAGGCGACAUGUUUCACAACAGCUCCCAGAAGAAAUACUGGAUUUUUAAAAGUGAAGAUGAAAUCGAGCAUAUGAGGUGCAAGGCCAAUCAGAAAUUCCGCAACAAGGCGCUAGAAAGUAGGAAGCCCGGGGGGAGUGAGUCCAUGUUCUUGCAGCGUCAUGAGGAAGACGUCCUAUUUCGGCACUAUGAGAGGAGGCUGCUGGAAUUCUGCAAUGCUUUUAAGCCCACAAUGCCAAAGUCUGUGGUGGGUACAGCCGUCAUGUACUUCAGGAGAUUCUACCUGAGCAACUCCGUCAUGGAGUACCACCCCAGGAUUAUCAUGCUGACGUGUACAUACCUGGCCUGCAAAGUAGAUGAAUUCAAUGUGUCCAGCACCCAGUUUGUGGGCAAUCUUGUACAGGAGACCCCAGCAGGACAAGAAAGGAUUCUGGAGCAGAUCCUGGAGUAUGAGCUGCUGCUAAUCCAGCAGCUCAACUUUCAUUUGGUGGUCCACAACCCCUACAGACCCAUGGAGGGUCUGCUCAUCGACCUCAAGACCCGGUACCCUACACUGGAAAGCCCAGAGUCACUGAGGAAGACUGCUGAUGACUUUCUGACACAGGCAGCCAUGACAGAUGCAGGACUACUUUUUUCUCCCUCCCAGAUCGCUCUGACAGCUAUUCUGAACAGCGCCUCGAGAGCCGGUCUUAACAUGGAGAGUUACCUGAACGAGUGCUUAGGACUGAAAGAGGACAAGGAGACGCUGUCAAGGAUGUACGACUCCAUGAGACGAAUGAAAACCCUCCUGAAGAAAUAUGAGCCUCCUAAACUAGAGGAGGUGAAUAUUUCCAAACAGAGGCUGGAGAGGAUUCAUGCCGAAUUUGCCAGUUCAAGCAACAAACGAAAGAGAGGAUAUGAAGAAGAUGGCCAUGUAGCAAAAGAACCACGGUUGGUAGAAGAGGAAUGGACUGAUGAAGACCUCCUCUAGACUUGUGGAACUGA